GUCAUGAUGGACGGAAACUUGGCGUACGGAGCGGGACCAGCUGGUCAACCUUUUGACCCGCUUACAUUUAUUAAGAAGCCAACAGUAAUUUUAAGAUUGCUAUCUUUGGUGUUCAGCCUCAUAGUGUUCAGCUGCAUAGCGUCGGAGGGAUGGUUCCAGGACGACGAGGGUUACGAGGUGUGCCAGUAUAACAUGAACAGCUCGGCGUGCCACUACGGCACCGGAAUCGGCGUUCUCGCCUUCCUCGGCUGCGUCGGGUUCCUCGUCGCCGACGCCCUCUUCGAGAACAUCACGAGCGUGAAGACGCGGAAACACGUCGUCGUCGGCGACAUGAUCUUUUCGGCGCUGUGGACGCUUCUUUGGUUCAUUGGAUUCUGCUUCUUGGCAAACACUUGGAGCAAGACACCUACUAUACUUCUACCAGCGGACGGCUUCGGAAAGAACAACGUACAAGCUGCCAUCGCAUUUUCCUUCUUCUCCAUCUUCACAUGGGCCGGCCUCUCGUUCUUCGCCGUGAAGCGGUUUCGCGACGGCGUCAGCUCGGCGUUCGCGCCCGCCUACGACCCGGACUCGGUCGGCAGCGCCCCCGCGCCGGGCUACUCCGCGUACCCGGGAGCGGCAGACGACAACGCGCAGCCCGGCUUCCCCGAUGACCCGUUCGGAGGCAAGCCCGCGCCGCAGCUCGGCCAGCAGGACUACCAGCCACCGAUGUACUAGAGGGCGCCGGGGGGCGGGCGGACGUACGACGGCCCGUUGCCGGCGCAGGGUGGGGAUCGGGAUUCGGCGUUCGCGUCUCGCUCGCGUCUCGCACGCAUCUCAGGCGCGUCUCGCACGCGUCUUGCUCGCGUCUCAGGCGCAUCUCAGGCGCGUCUCGUUCGCGUCUUGCUCGCGUCUCAGGCGCAUCUCAGGCGCGUCUCGUUCGCGUCUCAGGCGCGUAUCGCUGGCAUCUCGUUUGUGUCUCAGGCGACUCGACGAGACAUCCGGCGGCGGCGUGCAUCCGUCCGCUCGCGCCCGAUGCUGGCGGCGGAACGCGCGACGGUGUGAAGACGUGGCGGCGGAGAUUUGUUUCGGAGAGUGGAGCGCGACGUCUCGGUCUCGCUCCCAGUGCCGCGCGCCGCCGAUCUUUGGCGUUGUUGGCUUCACCACUGCUACUCGUUAUCACGAUUUCGUCGCGAUUUCGUCAUGAUUUCGUCAUGAUUUCCUGCACGUUGCAGCUGUCGUCGGGAAUGGUCGGGUUAAUACUUUGUCGGCGUCCGAUGCGAUUCGUAGACGAAAUGCUAAAGGUGGGCAAUAAUUUACCUGCAGAAUAUUUAACUGAAAACCUACACGUGCAUGCACAGUCGCACAUAUGCAUUGACGUGUCGCAUAAAGGUUGCUUGCGUUUCCAGAUUCUAAAUUAUCGCGGGAGUUGUGCGCAUUGCUCUAUCAUCUUGUGCCUCUUGUGUUCUAUGCGUGUUAUCAAGUUAUUUUACUCUAGCACGUGUUGUACAUCUUUAUAUCCUUAUAUCUGGCUUUAUGUGUUCUAACCACUCGCCAUGAUGUCUGUCUGUGUAAUAUACAAAUAUGUAUGCGUGUUCACGCAUUUGUGCGUGCGUAUGUAUGCAUGUAUGUAUGUACAUAGACAAAUUUUGGCGAGUAUAUACAUAUAUAUUAUUACACUUUCCUGUGAUCUAUGAUAGCCAAUUCUAUGCUGUGUGUCUAUAGUGGGUCCGCCGUGCCAUUAGCAUAUUAGCAUUAGAUUAGUGGAUUACGUGGAACUUCUAUUUAGAUGGAUAGUGGUGUCGGAUAUUUCAGUUUACCCUGAAGAAUCUCACUCGUUCGCCUUGUCAAGUGUUGGUAAUGAAGUUCGUGAGGUGCCUACCUAAUUUAUUUCACUUCUCUGUAUUUUAUUUUGGACGUGCCAGCUUCCAGAGUCAUUGGCAUGGGAAUUCUCUAGAUUUAUUCGAAUGAUAAUUUUGUUUUAUCUCGUCUAUCAGUAGAUGGAGUCUUCUUCAGGGAAUUAUUGCAACUUUAGCACGUGUACUGUUUUACAGUCGUUUUUUGUAUCGUUUAUCAUACUAUGGUCUUCGCCAGGUUUCGUGCAGCCCACCGUGUUCGUAUGUAAGAUUGUGCUGUUUCAUAUAAGUGUAUGUACUCUUCCCAUAAGACGUCCGGUUUGCUUAGUUGUGUAGGCUGUUUCAUCCGGUCGAAGCAAUGACACCACAUAGUCGUGAAGUUCAUGUUGGCUUAUAUAAGAACAGACGAGUCAUUCAAAGAUGUUAUGAUGGGAUAGCCUGCACAAAGUUCUAUAUGAGGACUAACUCAGGAGAUAUGGAAAUCUUUAAGCCCAAUGAGCUCUGUAUUAAUAUACUAGUCUCAACUCUUUCUAUAAUUUUGAGUAAUCGACAAAUGUGCCAGGUUUAAUAUUCAAGGUCUUUUAGCGCUCACGAACAGUGCUAGAAUUUGCCAGACAACCGGGGAUGGUUUCGAGUUGCCACGCUUUAGCGACGUUUUGAGCGAUAUGUUGCAAGAGCGUGGCUGCCAUUACUAAAUUCAUUGAUACUCAGUAGUAGAGGUGGAUAAUGUUGUAUUGCCAGGAACAUGUCUUACUGUCCUGUGGCUUAACACAAGGUUAGAGAGUAGCAAUCGUAUGGCCUUUGCGUGUGUCGGCCAUUUUGAGACCUUCGCGCGAGUUUGCCAAGUAGCUGUUGUUUUUUCUCUCUAUGUUAUUUGAGAUAACUUAUCUCUAAGGUAUUGAACAAUAUAUUGAUUAUAUUGGCUAGGUAUUACCGAGUAAAUUAGAUGUUUAUGAAUGUGAUGUUGCUAGUUGUAUGAGAAGCACAUCGAAGUAGCCGGAAUAGAGUUCACAAGGAUGGCUCUGUAGAAGAGUUGGCACGAAUUGCUGCACCAACCGUUUGUUUUCUUAUGUAUGUGUGAGCCUAGGCAUAUAUACUUUUGUAUAGAACAGCAUUUACAUUGCAUUAUUUUAAUACUUGUGUCUGAUCAAAAUGUACGCCUGUUUGCGGGUGACUGAUGGUGAUCUAUUCUCAUUUCAUAUUAUUAAUUUUGGAGAUGUAGUGUAUGUCUUGAAUCUCUGCAAGCACGGAUAUUGCCCAUCUCAAAAGACACAUGGUAUCUUUCGUCAACCAGUAUUAUAAAAACAAGGGUAUCAUACUCUUUUAAUAGUAAUUCCAUCGGCUUCCAUCUUUGGUUAUCAACCAAGUUCCCUCGCUUUCAUGUUAUAUUGCCAGUCUACCGGCAGUUGUGUCAUUUGCUUAAUCGAUUUCUAUCCACAAUGGCAUUGUGUUCGCGCUGUAACGUGUACGUACCUUGAUCGUUAUGCAGCUCUGGCAGCAUGUGAAACUCGGCAGCUUUGAGUAGAAACUGCACGCUGGUACGUGGAAAUUCUGGUUGGAUCUUAGAAGUCGUAUUUACAAAGAUGAGCAUGCUAAUUCGAAUGUCUCCGCCAUUUCCGUGUGAUGUCCGUUCAUCGAUUAAUGACCAGCGCAAAAUUGUGGGGAAGUGUGUUUGCAAUAAAUUUAUCUGCCAGAUUUCUUUUCGA